AGUCGCGCAUGCGCAGCGGAAACGGAGAGCAUUUCCUGUAAAGAUGGCGCUGAGCAGAGGCUGUGCGGGUCUGUGGAGGACAUGCAGCACGUUGGUGCCCAGACACGGUCUCCUGCUCCCCGCUGCUCUCCGGCCACAGAGCACCGUGAGCGGGGUCGUACUGCCCCGGACGUCCCUGUCCAGCCCGCCGUGGCCUGAGCCGAGCCCGCAGCCGGAGGAGGAGCAGCGCGCCCGGCACGCCGCCACGGUGAGCACCGUUAACCAGAUGAUCCACGGGCAGGACUUCGGUCGUCUGUUCGCUGUGGUGCACUUCUCCGGUCGCCAGUGGAAGGUCACCGCCGAGGACCUGAUCCUCAUCGAGAACCACAUCGAGGCGGACUGCGGGGAGCGGAUCCGCAUGGAGAAGGUGCUGCUGGUCGGCGCGGAGGACUUCACCCUGAUCGGAAGGCCUCUGCUGGGGAACGAGCUGGUCCGAGUCGAGGCCACCGUCAUCGAGAAGACCGAGUCCUGGCCUAAAAUCCACAUGCGCUUCUGGAGGAGACACCGGUUCCAGCGCAAGAGGACCAUCAUCCAGCCGCAGACGGUGCUGAGGAUCAACAGCAUCCAGCUGAACCCCGCACUGACAUGAUGAAGAGGAGGAGGAGGAGGAAGAAUAAUAUAUCACACACAGACAGACUGACUGACUGCUUGAUUAUAAAUGUGUAAACAAACAUGUCAAUAACUUUGUUCGUAGUCUUGUUGUUGCUUUAAUACAAAAACAAAACCAAGACUGUGUUUCUCCAGACUGGAGCAGAUGUUGUUCACGUGUUCGUUGGGUUUAUUAUUGUAAAUAAAUAAAUAGUUUGCAGAAAUGUGA